AUGGAGAACAAAACCAUCCAUUGUUUGGUGGUACCAUUUCCAGCACAUGGUCACAUUAAUCCAAUGUUAGAAUUCUCCAAGCUUAUACAACACCAAGGAGUAAGAGUCACACUUGUGACAACCCUUUCAAACUACAAAAACUUACCAAAAUUGCCAUCUUCCAUUACAAUCGAGACAAUUUCUGAUGGUUUGGACCAAGUUAUAACACCAAAGAAUUUCAAACACUACUUGAGUCAAUUUUGGGAAGUUGGUCCAGAAUCUCUUGCUGCUCUUAUCAACAAACUUAAUGGUACAUCAAACAACCAUGUUGGUUGUGUUAUUUAUGAUUCAUUCAUGCCUUGGUGUCUAGAUGUUGCAAAGAGAUUUGGAAUUAUUGGUGCAUCUUUUUUUACUCAAAAUCUUGCUAUGAAUAGUAUAUACUAUCAUGUUCAUUUGGGAAAGUUGAAACCUCCCUUUGCUGAGCAAGUGAUAUCUCUUCCUGCACUUCCUCAACUACAGCAUAGGGACAUGCCUUCUUUUUACUUUACCUAUGAACAAGAUCCAAGUUAUCUUGAUUUAGUUGUGGCCCAGUUCUCUAACAUUGAAAAAGCUGAUUGGAUCCUUUGCAAUUCAUUCUUUGAGCUGGAGAAAGAGGUAGGUGAUUGGACAAUGAAGAUUUGGUCCAACUUUAGGACCAUAGGGCCUUCCAUACCAAAUAGAUUUUUAGAUAAGAAAAUUAAAGAUGAUGAAGAUUAUGGUGUUUCAGAAUUCAAAAAUGAAGAAUGUAUAGAAUGGCUAAAUAAUAAGCCAAAAAGGUCAGUUGUUUAUGUUUCUUUUGGGACUAUAGCAACACUCAAUGAAGAACAAAUAGAAGAAGUAGCACAUUGUUUGAAAGAUUGUGGAAGUUACUUUUUAUGGAUUGUGAAAACCUGUGAAGAGACUAAGCUCCCAAAAGACUUUGAAAAGAAAUCAGAAAAUGGCUUGGUUGUGGCAUGGUGCCCCCAAUUAAAGGAGUUUCCAAUUGUUGCAAUACCACUUUGGUCAGACCAAGGCAUUAAUGCAAAGCUUGUUGUAGAUGUUUGGAAAGUGGGAAUAAGAGCUUCUAUUGAUGAGAAGGAAAUAGUGAGAAAAGAGGCUUUGAGGAAUUGUAUAUACAAAGUCAUGGAGAGUGAUAAAAGCACGGAGAUUAUGAAUAAUGUCAUGCACUGGAAGAAUUUGGCUGCAA